GUUUUACUUAUUAGAAAAGCAUAUCUGGUCGCCGAUUAUUUACAUCUCAAAAGAUCAAUAUGGCGACUUCCAUGAAAUAGUAAAUAGAAGUGAAGGAUCUUCUUAUAGAAAUUAAAUUAUACCAUAAACUUCAUGGAAAGGUGCAAUAAUUCUAUUGUCUAGCAUGUCCAACACGAUGUAAUGCCAAUUGUUGAUUUCAUUGCGUGAAAUCCUCUCACGACUUCGUUCUUGCUAAAGUGCUUAACAAACUGACGUAUAAUUUUACCAAAUAAAGCCGUGUUAAUGUUACGGGAAAAUGUUGCGACAGCGUGCAUUAUCAAGGGAUAAAGUACUGUUUCGUAUUUUAAAGAAUAAGAGCCCGAACGGUAGCAGCAUAUGCAUGAAACUGAAUAGCAAUGUGAAAAAUAUUUUUGUAUUAUCGGACGAUGAACUCUGCGAACUAUGGCAGCAUAUGAAGACCAUGCUGUUAGAAGCUCAAAAAAUAUUUAUACAGACAUCGAAAGAUCAGACUAAAUAUGUAAAAGAGCACGGUGUGGUAGUCAAAAUGAUGCGCACAAUAACUGCUAUGGCCCUUGAAACGAUUCUACAACGAUUGUUUAUUCCUAAUGUACUUUUACAAAAUGUGAUGUUAUUACAUUCCAAUAUAUUUCCCAAUAUAAAUAACAAACAGGUGAAAGAUGAGAUAUCCAAUCUGUUAGAGAACUGGUGGAAAUUAGAUUUGACUUGGAAGGAGAAGGUGAUAAAAAAUGUAGUUAAAUAUCUCAUUCAAGGCUGCAAGUCAUCGUUGCAACAUGUAAAACGUCUGUAUGAUAUAAGGCCGGCUAUUACAUUACUAAACAGUACCGAAGAUAUUCAAAAGUUGCUUAGACUUGUCAGAGAAAAUACUGUGAUGUCGCUUGAAGAAGGUAGAUGGUUGAUAUUAUAUUUGUUUACUCUUGGAGAACAGUAUAUAUUGGGAAUACAUAAUAAUAUGAAGGUUGUUCUACUAAAUGUGAAAGAUAGUUACAUCGCGAGUUACGCGAAUUUAUACGUGUCCGCGUGGUCGACUGCAACUGCAAAAUUUAGAAAGUUUAUCGUAGAUAAUUGCAUACAAAAUAUUAUUUUUCAUUGCUUUCGUGCAUAUAGAGACUCCGAGGGACAAGGGAAACUUGGUAAAAAUCUUUUCUUAUUUAUAGCCGCCAUCCAUGAAAACAAAGAUCCAGCGGUAAGAGUGAUGAUUCAGAACCAAUGUAAACGCUUGCUUUGGGUACAUCUAAAGGCUCCUGGGUCUUACAUUAGAUGUAACGCGGUGGAAAUUCUAUUUUUGACGAUCGCUCCGCACUACGCGUGCGUCGCGAAAGAUAGGAAUAGAUUUCAUCUGCAAAAAUUUUAUAAAACGGUCGAUGAUCUUUUACAUGAUCCGGACACCGAAGUGUGCAAUAUAACUAUGAUUGGACUUUUAAGAUUAUUGGAAAAACAUUGGAACAGUGUACCAACGAAUAUAGUUCGCAAUUGGUUAAAUAUCUUCUUGGAUUAUACAACAAGCACUAGUAGCGCGCAAAUAAGAGCAAAUGUUUUUAUUGGCUUGAAAAAGAUACUAAUUAAGGAUCGAUCUCAUAGAAUACUUAAGGAUUUUUUACCGAAUUUCGCGAAAAGUAUUUAUGACGAGGAUAAUAGCGUAGUGGAAGCACUGAUAAAGCUUCUUUGGCACGCCCACAAUCAACUUGAUAUACCAUUUUGGACCAUUGUACCGUUAACGUACAUACUCGACAAAUUAGAGAAAACAAUGGAUACAUCUUUGCUACAAGAAUUGAUAAAACUUCUUUGGCUACGUAUAUGUUUAAAUGGUACCGAUAACGAUAAAAUAACAAAAGAGAUAAUAUAUAUAGGAAUGAACAAUAUUAAGGCAAUUAGGAGGUUUUGUCUUCAUUCAAAGUCCGUUAUAAACUCGAACAGAUUCGCGCAGUUAAUUGAGCGCAUGUUGUCCAAGAUAAAAGAGAAGAUGGGAUGCCUGCCUGUAACAAAAACAACCAAAACAAGAUGCAGUAAAAAAGUCAAAUUGAAUAAUAAGGAGAAUACAGGAAGCAAUGCAUUAACAGAUGAUCUAAACAUUGAGGAAGUCGAAGAAGAUGUGGACAGCUAUAAAGAUAUUCAAAUCUGCAUAGACGUGAUUGCUAUGCUACUGGUAGCGAACGUGGGCAAUCAAAGCGUCGAUAAUUACACCGACGAGGAGAAAAAAGUUAAACAGUCGAUCGCGAAUGUGUUGCCAGAAUUAUUGACGUAUUUUAAGGACACUCCGGUGAAUGAGUCGAUUAUAUUUUUAUUCUCGGUAAUGCCGAACAAAUAUUUCCUCGAUAAAGUCGAAGUCAUGGAAAUUUUAAUGCAACAGUUAUGCUCUUCCGAUGCUUCCGACGACGCUCUCCUCUCGCUAAUUCACGUUUUUAUGAAGUGGAACAAAGGGCAAAAGAUUCUUCUCACGUUAACGAAACUUACUUCGGAUUCGUUGCACAUAAACACGCCGAAUAACCAGCGAUCGCUCCAGGACCUUUGCAAUUCCUCGAACAUGUUUACGAUCAACGUGAAAGGUUUAGAACUGAGCCUGCGCAUUUUAAAGCACUUAUUGCACGUCGAGUACCAGUCGGUCUUGAUGAACAAGUAUCAUCAAGAUGUACUUAAGUUUUGGGAAUCGUUGCACGUCUGGAGAAUGUUCAUCGAGAGGAACAUAAAUGAUGAAUGUAAUAUGUGUAAACUAAUAUCCAAAGACUUGGUUGUAAGAUUCUAUAAGGAAUACAUAUCGCUAGUACCUUUGUUGCAUAAAAAGGAUGCGUUCGACGCGUCGGAACGGUUUUUGGACAUUAUUUCCUGGGUUAAGAAGUCAAUAGUACCGUGCAUACCGCAAGUGGACGAAGACAUCGAAAACCGAAAGAUGUCUAUAGAUUUAAUAAAGUGUACUCUUGACACCUUGAACCUGCUGAUACAGGAAUCCAAAAGUAGCCCAAAGUUAUGUUGUGAUAUAGUACUUUUAUACCGUUGUUGUCUAUUCCCUGUGGGAGGUGUUGUUUUCUUGAACAACGCAUUCGAUGCAAUACUAAAGUUAUUAGAUUUUGGCAAGAUGGCUUACGAGAACGACGAGCCGAAUUUACUGGACGUCGUUGUUCCGAAUAUGUUGUGCAUCGCGAUGGCUACUCUGAACAAACACAACGAAGAUAUGUUAGUGAAGCAUGCAGGCAAUUUGAAAAUUUUGCCUGAACUGACAAAGAAGUAUUUUUCUAUUGUUAAGAGUACUUUUAAUGACCAGAGAAUGUAUCUCUCUCAUAUCAGCAUUUUGCUUAAUGCCGCGGUCAGUAACGUGAACAAAGAAAUGACUUGCGUGCUCGGGAACGAGUUCGUUACGGAGGAAGACAUCUUAAUCACGCGUUUCCCUUACCUGGCGAGAAAAAUAUUGAAAAUUAUCUUGCACACGAAAAAAUAUCAAACGAUGAGUGUUGAAGCGCUAACAAAAAAUAUAACAAGUUAUACGAAAAUCAACACGCUCUCGGCGCUGGUAAUAAUGCACAAAAUGAUGAAAUUACCGGACAAGACGCUCACCAAUAAACUGAAAAAAGUAACCUUGACAUUUAAAACGCGCAACAAAAGACUUUCUUAUAAUACCGAUCCCGAAAAAUCCAUAAAAAAUGCAAUAACCGUAGCCAUCGAUGCAAUAUUGCAGAAGUAACUCGCUAACGGUAUACCGAAUGCCGGACUGUAAACGCAUCUGGAUAUUUUCUUCGUUUAACAAGAGGCGUGCUUUGAGUACAAAAGAGCUUUUGUCUAAUCGAAAUUUGACAAAUAUUUAUUCCGCGAGUUGGAGAAGAAUGUGUUUAUCAGCACACCCAUAGGUAACACAAACGCGUAAUCACAAUCAUUAACCUCCUACAGAGAGUGGAGGAUACGAAGCGCGACGAACUUGACCUUCGUGUGAAGUAAUUAACACUAAACCUGCCGAGCAAUAAAAUGCAAAGAUAUAUUUUAUUUAGUUUUUGUACAGAGUUUAUAAUGCUGUGGUUGCUUCGAUAGUGUAAUUUAUUCAAUAAUUUACUAGAGAACUGUCUUCGUUAUUUUUAUAAUUGCAAAACGAGAAACCGGUUAUUUGACCGUGAUAGGUUUAGCGUUAAUUAAUGACUGUGAUUACGUUUUCUAUGGGGUAACCCGAUGGUUACGCAUUUUUAUACGUGUCUAAAAUAAUAUUUUUCUACUAAACAUAAAAAAGUACAAAGAGUCGUAGAUUUAACAGCCGCGACCAAAGACUAUCGCGUACAUAGUCGGUCAAAAAUAAAAACUCUAAGGAUUAUUUCUAAAUUUAUAUAAAUAUAUAUUUUCUCUAUA